AUGGUCGCCGUCCUCGAAGACAGAAACAUGGCGCCCCACGAGUGCACUCCUUCCUGCAUCGUGUGCGGUGGCGGUCAUCUCACGGGCUCGCAAGACUGCAAAGCCAAAUUCCGACGGCUGCAACAACCGGGCAACCCGACCGCUCAACGAACCCAACCUCGCACUGCAGUGCCCUCGGGUCCUGACGCCACUCCAAAAGCUCCCACUCCUAGCAACAAGAUGACGAAAGGUACAACCGGACCAGCAACACCGGUGGGCACCUUUUCUGGACGUGCCCCCAAGUCUCCUCGCUCAACUAACCCGAAAGCGUCACGGGAUCCGGACGUUCCUACAUUCCAAGAAGGGGAUUUGCCGGCUCUCGAGGGCCCUCCGUCUGGCGCACCAAAGAAUACGUCUCAGUCCAAGGUAGGCAGCCGAGACGGGCCUCCUCCGCCUCUCCGCACUCCUCUACCUUCUCCCCCACCGAAGCUUUCUCCUCAUCCCCCCCUUAAUUCUGACGUCGCGGACCUCCGCCGCGAGCUCGAGACUCUCCGGCCACAAAAUGCUCAACUUAACGCCAAAAUUCACGCGCUAGAAGCGGCUCGGUCCUCCCCGCUCCCGGCCCAGGUAGCUCCGGAACCGAUGCAAGUGGUGCCGGUGGACCUGACACCCUCUAGUUCUGACGGGCGUUUCACCGCCCUCGAAAACGCCCUUGCCGAAUUAACGACUCAGAUAUCAAAUUUUGGCCAAAUCUAA